AGAAGCAUCUCGGCUCAAGUCGUUCACCCCGCUUUUCCGAAGAAUGUCCGAGCUUUCAGAAUCUGAGGAGCUCCUGACCCAGCGCCCACAGAGGUCCGUGAGCCGCUGGACCGUGGCGCUGGGGCUCGGGCUGCUGGGCACGUUGGCCCUCGGCCUGGUGGCAUUGGGCAGCCGUCGGCAAGGGCUCCGAAGUGGGCAAAGCUUUGUGGGACUCGAGGAGGCGGCGGUUUACUUCGAUGGCAAGGAAUUCUCACAUGAGUGCUUCAGCAAGGGGGUCUUCUACGCGGACCCCACGCGACUGGAAUCCGCCGCAAAGAGUGUUGAGCUGACUGCCGAGAACUGCCAGAACCGCUGCCAAGGCACGGAUGGCUGCGCCUACUUCACCUUUUGGCUGGACGGGGGCUGCAUGCUGGCGCCCUGGAAGUCGACUCCCGAGGCUGCACCUGUGAAGUACUCCAACAUCAUUAGCGGGCCCAAGUAUUGCGAGAAGAACAUCAAGGCCGCUGUGGAGACCAUCGCAGCUGCUAAGGCCGAGCCGGCCCGUACUGCUGUCACCUGGGGAGCAGGAGGAGUCGAGGCGGCAGAGGCCGGGCUGCAGGCGGUGACGGACGACUCCACCAAGGCGGCAGAAGCCGUCAAGGACAUGGUGGCGCCAGCGCCGGGGGUCAACGGCACCUCUUGUGCCAAGUACCCGGCCUGUGCGGCGGCGGGGCUGGAUGGAGAGUGCUGCCCCAACACGGGCAAGGUCAGCUUGGACUGCUGUAACGGCAUCGUGCCGGCCACAACCACCGACAUCACGGUGCACGUCACAGCCGGGCCAGAGGUGGCGGGCAAGACCGGGUCCGUGCGUCUCUAUCUGCACGACAAGGCGCUGGCAGACGUGGGCGCAACCUUGGUCUCGGAGACACCUCUCAGCAUGGAGGACCAAACGGUCACGCUGAAGCCGGACUCUGGGGAGGUUGCGGCGACCGGCAUGGUGGAGCCCUCAUACUACAUCUCGGUGUCUGGCGAGGUCGUCGCGCCCCCUAUCUUCGACGUCAAGCCGGGCCAGACCGUGGAGGUGGAGCUCAAGCCCAGGGAAGAGUGAGCCAGCUCGGCAUCUGCCGGAGGAACCCACAUCCCGAGCUUUUGAAGUUUCGGGGGC